AUGGAGUUGGCUAAAUAUGCAAAUGAAACGUUGUCGGCCCUCUUACCAGACACUGCAGCUUAUCAACUGUUCCAAGAGCAGACUACAAUAGCAGAGGGAGUCUGUCAGGUCAUGAAAAAAGACCCAACAAGGAACACGCCCGCUUAUUUGCUCUGCUAUCGCACGUUUCUUGCUGCGAACAACCUGGCAUACGGCCAACUUUUUGCCGCUGAUCCAGAAUAUAUUUCAACAAAAACGGAAAACUUGCAAGGUGACGGGGGAUCAAAUCCAGGUGCUCAAGGGUUCAUCCGCGCAGGCAAUUUGUUGUAUCUCACCAUGGGUCCGGGUCUACAUAAUCUCGCUGGAGAUAAUAUCUGUAAUAAUGGCGCUCAAGCAUUUACGGUGGCCGCUAGUGGCACACAAGAAUUCGCAACAAAUCCAUUGGUGUCUGAAGACGCAUGGUUUAUACAUUUCUGUCCACCAUUCUUCCAAUUACCGAGAAUGGAGAGUCAAAGAUAUGAGCUGUCAAACGGCAAUGUCCCAAAGGAAACGAUGUAUAAUCUGAAUAUGCUGAAUUCCACCGCACAAGCACUAUUACAUAAAGUAACCCAUCUUCCGUGGGUUCUGAACACAAAUUUCUUCUCGGACCAGAAUCCGGAGAAGUAUGGGUUCUAUGUGGCAUCAACACUUUCUGCAGCCUUUGGGCUGGUCAAUCAAGCACCAGCCACCAAGUCGCAGAGUUCUCGGAACGCAGACAAUUAUGCGUGGAUGGCAGUAAGUCCUUGA